AUGGUGGCUUUCCGCUGCCUGAAAGGUCUCCGAAACGCUCAGUGGGCCAACCUCAUCACUGUUCUCUUCAAUAUUCCCAUCAACAUCUACCCGGUCACCUGGGCCUCCAUUGAUGCUGAGCUUCCUCCUGGAGUAACGGAGGAGACAGAAACUCAAGGGGAGCCUGCCUUCGAUCCCUUUGUCUUGAUGGACGAGCAGUUGAGCAGCGGCAACAUGCGGCUGGAACUUUCAGCUGCAUGGAGUUGGAACAUCACCAGCCCUAGAGGUGGCGACGUCACUCCGCGAGCUGCCGAUGCCAUCGGCUGCUGUGGUUUUCCCUAUGCCCGGAGCCUGCAGGACAUCAUUGGUCUCUAUAGUUCAGGACUCUACGGGCUUGUUGGGCUUAGAUACCACCGUAGUCAGUUCUGUUGA